AAAGAUCAAUUUGCAAAAUCUUUCGCAAAAUUAAUUUCACGAAUCUCCAUUUUCGUAUAAAACAUUUGUUGUUUCAGAGCCACUCAAGAAGCCGUGGAGAAUGAUCUCGACAGAAGAUGGUGAUCCGUGGACUCCACAGUUCAAAGAACAACUCCUGGAAAAAAUUGUAAAACUGAAGCCAGCUGCAGAGAUCAACUACUUCAAUAUUUUGCUUCUUGGUCAAGCUGCAUCUGGAAAAUCGUCUUUUUUCAAUACAUGUGCCACUGCAAUAGAGGAUAGUAAUAGACUCAAAACCCUCAGUCAGGUUUAUCAGAAGGCUUCUAAAAGUGUGACUACAUCGCUGGAAGUUUUCCCGCUUCAUACUAGAGACGGACAGAUUCUACCACUUCGGUUGUUUGAUUGUAGGGGACUCAAUGUAGAACACGGUGUACCCACGGAAGACAUUAUGCUGAUUGUUCAGGGACACGUACGUAACGGAUAUGAGAUUAAUCCAGAAGUUUCCAUCAAGAAGGAAAACCCCAAAUAUAGAGAACAUGCGGGGCUUAAGGACCGCAUGCAUUGUGUGGUGUAUGUCACUAACGCUGAGAAUCCAACAGAACAACUGACCGAUCCGAAAACGGAGGAACAGCUUAGAUAUGUCCGGGAAUCGAUCACCUCUGACCAUGUCCCACAAGUAGUCCUCUUCAAUAAGAUCGACAAACUCCGUAUUUCCAACAGAGAUGAUUUGGGUGAUGUUUUUAGAAGUCAGAGCGUGAGAGAUGCAUGUUAUAAGGCGGCAGAAUACAUGCAGAUUCCACUGAUGAAUGUUCUACCCAUGUCCAACUACCACGAGGAAAAUCUGCCAACUCUGGUGAAAAAUAUUUUGGCGCUCUUUUAUUUAUUGACCAUGAUGCAGAGAGCAAACGAUUUUGUAGCAAACAGUGCUAGAGGGAAUGUUCCAGAGGACUUUUAUGAUUAAAUGUAUACUGUUAAUAAUUAUUUCUUCUGAGGGGAUUU